AUCUAUAUUAAUAUAAUGCUUCUUUUUUAGUUGUCUUGUGCUAACUUCUUACAAAUAUCAACAAGUCUUGCCAUUUCUUGACAAUCUCUCUGCUGUCUUCUGAUAGAAAAAUCUCUGCUGUCUGCUUCUUCUGUGUUGGGUUUGCUAAUUUUCUAUCUCUCGCCAUGGGACACUGCUUCACCAAAUCUCGUUCCCAUGAAAUCCCCAUCUCUUAUUCCUCAGACUCCCCUCCUCGUGCCCACAAACCUCGGCCCAGAAGACCACCGCAGCAAGGCUAUAACCCACCGCAGUUACCAUAUGUUCCUCAACCUCCUUCUGCAUCUUUUCCUCCUGCCGCUCCACCUUCUAAUAUUGGUCCCAUUCUUUGCAAACCUUAUGUUGAUAUAACCUCUAUCUACCAUCUUCAUAAAGAAUUGGGUAGGGGUCAGUUUGGGAUCACUUAUCUUUGCACAGAGAAGUCCAGUGGAAGAAAGUAUGCUUGCAAGUCUAUCUCCAGGGGGAAGCUGGUUAAUAACAAGGACAUUGAAGAUGUUAGGCGAGAGAUUUUGAUACUGCAGCACUUGACUGGACAACCCAAUAUUGUGGAAUUCAAGGGUGCUUAUGAGGAUAAGCAAAAUCUGCAUUUGGUGAUGGAGUUGUGCUCUGGUGGGGAGCUCUUUGAUCGGAUUAUAGCCAAAGGGAGCUACUCAGAGCGUGAAGCGGCGAAGGUUAUGAGGCAGAUUGUGAAUGUGGUUCAUGUGUGUCAUUUUAUGGGGGUUAUGCAUAGGGACUUGAAGCCUGAAAAUUUCUUGCUUAUGAGCAAGGAAGAGGAUUCUCCAUUGAAAGCUACUGAUUUUGGACUCUCUGUCUUCAUAGAACAAGGAAAAGAGUACAGAGACAUUGUUGGAAGUGCAUACUAUGUUGCCCCAGAAGUGUUAAAUCGUAAGUAUGGGAAGGAGAUUGAUGUGUGGAGUGCUGGAAUCAUUUUAUACAUUCUUCUAAGUGGGGUGCCUCCAUUUUGGGCAGGUAUAUGUUCUUUCAUUGUUUUACCAGAAGUGAUUUUUGUUUUGCAAAUUCUAUGUUUAAUGUUUAGUUUUUGUCUCUGGCUUAUAAGUGAGUGCAUAAAUUUUAUUAUAGAGAAUGAGAAAGGAAUAUUUGAAGAAAUUUCCAAAUGCCAACUUGACUUACAAAGCAAACCAUGGCCUGAAAUUUCAUCUCCUGCAAAAGACCUCAUCAGGAAAAUGUUAACAAAAGACCCCAGGAAACGGAUCACUGCUGCUCAAGCACUUGAGCAUCCAUGGCUGAAGGUGGAUGGCAAAGCGUCUGACAAGCCAAUUGAUAGUGCUGUUCUAAUCAGGUUGAAGCAGUUCAGAGCAAUGAACAAGAUGAAGAAACUUGCUCUAAAGGUAAUAGCAGAGAACCUUUCAUCAGAAGAAAUCAAGGGCUUAAAACAGAUGUUCGAUAACAUGGACACUGAUGGAAGUGGUACGAUCACAUACGAAGAACUCAAAGAAGGAUUAUCAAGACUGGGAUCAAAGCUUACUGAGGCAGAAAUACAGCAGUUGAUGGAUGCUGCUGAUGUUGACAAGAACGGGACUAUUGAUUAUGUUGAAUUUAUUACAGCAACAAUGCAUCGUCAUAAACUUGAGAAGGAAGAACACUUGUUCAAGGCUUUUCGAUAUUUUGACAAGGAUAACAGUGGCUUUAUUACGAGAGACGAACUACGACAAGCCAUGGCUCAAUAUGGAAUGGGAGAUGAGGCUACCAUAGAUGAAAUCAUUGAAGAUGUUGAUACUGAUAAAGAUGGAAGAAUCAACUAUGACGAGUUUGCAGACAUGAUGAGAAGGGGGACGCAAGAUAAUGGGGAGAAAUGAUAUAAUUUGGGCUGAUAAAGGCCUCUUGUACUUUGUAUAAACAAGUCUGCUGUUUCUACUGUUCAAAAAUUAGUUUCUUCGUGCUGCAGCUCUUGUAAAUAAAUGUUACUCUUCAAUUUUCAUCAUAAUUCCAAUUGUAUGUUAUUAUUUUGAUUGCAA